AUGUAUGUUUCUAAUUUGCCAAAAAGUAUCGGCAAUGCAAAUAUGUGCGUUUGUGAUUUAGCAGCUGUGGAAAGUAUGGGUGGUAUAUGGGGGCCAAUUCUUCUGCGUGUCACCCAGCGGGAUGUCUCACACGAUUUGCGGGCAAAGGUCGUCCUCGCACGAUAG